AUGCAAUUUAUAUAUGUCUUACCUGUAUGGGAGGGGUCGGCUGCUAAUGGUCGAGUGCUUCAAGAUGCUCUUCUUAGGCCUCAUAGAUUAAAAGUUCCAAGACCGGGUUAUUACUUGGUUGAUGCCGGAUACACAAAUGGAGAGGGUUUCUUAGCUCCUUAUAGGGGUCAAAGAUAUCAUUUAAAUGAUUGGCGUGAUGGACACCAACCAAUCACCGCCAAAGAAUUUUUCAAUAUGAAGCAUUCAUCGGCGAGAAAUGUUAUUGAACGAUGUUUCGGUAUGUUGAAGGCAAGGUGGGCAAUCUUACGAGAUAACUCGUAUUAUCCUAUUGAACAAAAAGUUAGGAUCAUCAUGGCAUGUUGUCUCCUCCAUAAUUUUAUAAUGCAAGAAAUGCCAGUAAAUCCACUUGACAAUGACGGUGAAGUGGAUGAGGGAAUCGGAGACCAUGGAGUCGAAGACGGAGAUAAAAAAAAUGUUGUUGGUACUUCAAAUGAGUGGACGGCAUUUAGGGACAAUUUAACACAAUCUAUGUUUGCUUCUUGGAAUACUACCAAUUAA